AUGCUUAUGUGCCACAUAUGUGUUCUGGCCUGCGAGCUUCAAUGUCCCCUUCAACCACGAAUGAGUCCCUGCGCAGUACAGGGUGGCCAAUCACCAGUAAUCUCUCCCGUGGACAAACAUCCUGGAGAUCAGCGCAAGCGGCAAGGCAGUCAAUUUGCUGUGAUUGCCUUCGGUUUGAGCUUUGCAAGAACCGAAGCAAACAAGAAACAACAGCUGACCCGGCAGCCGAUUUCCUGCGUGGAUCUUUCUACGACCAACACUGCCACAUCCACCGCCGCAGUAGUGAACUGGGUUGUUCCGGCCAGGAAGGAGGCAGCGGCUUUUAUGCCCUUCUUUGCCAUGCUUAUGUGCCACACUUCCAUAUUUGUUUUUGCCUGCAAGUUUCAAUCUCCCAUUUAA